AUGGCCCAGCAUUUGCCGCGAGCUUUCAACGAUGCUUGGGAAACUGGUAAAGAACAGUUCAGCCAGUACAAACAACCAAUUUCGAAAUUUCUUGGAAAAGAGGGUACGAAUGGAUCGACUCGUUUAGACGAAAAGAAAACCUCUCAAGAAGUAGAUAGUGCUGAGAAUGGAACAAACUUCUAUUCUUAUGAUGAGAAUAGCUCUUCCGCUGUUCAUUCAAAUAAGAUUCUGCAGCUUGUGGAAAAUUCUAAAUGUCUAGCAAGUUGUCGUAAGAGAUGGCAGUUAGCUAUUCUAGCGAAUAUUGGAUUCAUGAUUAGCUUUGGUAUUCGCUGUAACUUCGGAGCAGCGAAGAAUCAUAUGUUCCGUAAUUAUACUGAUCCUUGGGGUGUUGAACAUAGAAGUGAGUUCAAUUGGACUGAAACAGAGCUUGGAAUUAUGGAGAGUUCAUACUUCUAUGGAUAUUUGGUCACCCAACUUCCUGCUGGUUUUCUGGCAGCUAAAUACGCUCCCAAUAAAUUGUUCGGUAUUGCAAUAGGAAUGGGAGCUCUGUUAAACACUUUCCUUCCCGCUGCUUUCAAUUCGAAAAAUGAUACUUUGGUUGCUGUUAUUCAAAUCUUCCAGGGAUUAUUUACUGGUGUUGCUUAUCCAUCCAUGCAUGGUGUUUGGAGAUAUUGGGCUCCUCCUAUGGAGAGAAGUAAAUUGGCCACGACAGCUUUCACUGGAUCGUAUGCUGGUGCAGUACUUGGACUGCCUGUUUCCGCUUUUCUCGUAUCCUAUGUGAGCUGGGGAGCACCAUUCUAUUUAUAUGGUGUUGCUGGAAUUAUCUGGACUGUUCUUUGGUUCUCGUUAACUUUUGAAAAGCCAGCUUAUCAUCCUACUAUCACACAAGAGGAGAAGAAGUUCAUCGAAGAUUCAAUCGGAACUGUCUCCAAUUCGCAUCCAACAUUCUUCUCGAUUCCAUGGAAAGCCAUACUUACUUCGAAACCUGUCUGGGCCAUCAUCGUUGCCAACUUUGCAAGAUCGUGGACAUUCUAUCUCCUUCUCCAAAAUCAAUUGACAUACAUGAAAGAUGUGUUAGAUCUAAAUAUCAGUCAUUCCGGGUUAUUAGCCGCGCUACCUCAUGCUGUAAUGGGAGUUGUUGUAUUGUGCGGAGGACAAUUAGCUGAUUAUCUACGUGCUAACAAAAUUCUGUCGACAACGGCUGUUCGUAAAAUUUUCAAUUGUGGAGGAUUCGGAGGAGAAGCCGCUUUCCUGCUAAUCGUCGCUUAUACCCACAAAGAGUCAACUGCUAUGAUCGCUCUGAUUUUGGCUGUCGGAUGCUCAGGAUUCGCUAUCUCCGGUUUCAAUGUGAACCACCUGGAUAUUGCUCCCCGUUAUGCAGCCAUUCUGAUGGGUCUUUCAAAUGGAAUUGGAACUUUGGCCGGAUUAACUUGUCCCUUCGUAACAGAAAUGUUCACUUCUAAAGGGGCCCAUGGCUGGACUAAGGUAUUCUUACUUGCAAGUUUGAUUCAUUUCACUGGCGUUACAUUCUAUGCAAUUUAUGCGUCAGGAGAACUUCAGGAUUGGGGUGAACCAAAGGAAGAAGAAGAACCUUGGAACAAUACAGUACUGGGAAACAAGCCAGGUUCGGGAUAUGGAGCUGCUAAACAAGAUCCCCACAUUAGCUUGGCCCCACUACCAACAGCAGAUCAAAUAGCUAAACACCGAGCUGGAUCUAUAGGCGGUUCAACAGCGCCUCCUCCUUCCGGAUAUCAGCCCGUAUAUGGUGGACCAGGAGCUCAGACAAAUCCUUUUGCAGGCGCUUGGGAUGACUCAAACGGAACAGGAACCGCAAAUGCUACCGUAGCAGCGAAUCCAAAUUACCAACAGUAUCAACAAUGGUAG